AUGGCGCCGACUUCAGUCAAACUUUUCUUUUGCCUUCUUUCCCUUUUUCCUUCUACAAUUCAAGCCCAGCGACAGCACAGUACCCUUAAUAUGCCUCAGAUCCUUCUUCCCUACCUGGCUACAGGCACUGUUCCUGUUAAUUUUACGCUAAAAGCAAUGGACGGUUGCUACACAUGGUCAUCAAAUAGACCCGAAGUGGCGACUGUUACUCCUAUUUAUUUGACUGAGGAAGACGAAAAUGCUCAGCCAUAUGGAAAGAUUUGUUCAAGGUCAGCCAUAGUGACUGUGCAAAGACGACAGCCAGAAAAACAAAUGGCUGGAGUGAUUGCUGCAGAAGAAGUGACUGGUAUAUUUUUGGAGUGUGAUGUGUUUGUGGCUAAGAUAGAAAAGAUAGAAGUCAUGUCUACCAGCAGAGAGCUGUUUUUAGGAGAAGCUCCAACAGUACUGGAAGUACAAGCUUUUGAUGCUGAAGAUAACAUGUUUUCCAGUCUUGGUGCUCUAUCGUUUAUCUGGGACCUGAUCUCUGUGGAAGGGGUUGGCUCUGUUAAUGCUAAUUCUGUUGUCAGAAUUGUUUCAUUUGAUGAUUCUACAUAUGAAACGAGUAAAGAGGUUUAUGAUCUUGAAUCAAAGAACCUUAGGGGUAGUGAAGUUAUUAUUGAGCCAAUCAAUACAGGGACAGCAAAAGUCAGGGCAAAACUCAGAGGAGCAGUAUUUGAGGAUGUAAAGCCGUCAUCUGUCAGGCUGAUUGUAUCAGACAAAGUUCUUCUUAGACCAGCACAUGACAUGUACAUCAUGACUUACACAUGUGUCAAGUACUCAGUGGUUAGGCAACGGCAAGGCCAUUCUACUGAGUUAUCCAUGCCAUCAUCCCAGUUCCAGUUCAACCUUUCAAAUGACAAAGUUGGCUUCCUUGAUGUACAGAAAUCAUCAGUGACUGGCAUUGAAGAAGGAUUUACCAAAAUUACUCUGGUGGACAAAAACAUGAUACACAUUGAAGCAGGUCACCAACCAGAAGCAGCCAUUCAUGUAGUUGAUCCAGUUUAUCUUGGUUUUAGUAUUGUAGGUGAUAGUAACUGGGUUCUUGAAGUAGGCAAGGUGUAUGCUGUAUCUGUUCAAUUAUAUGAUAAAGACAACCACAAGAUCUACAUGUCAGAGAAUAUUGAGGUCCAGACAUCAUUCAACACAUCAGAUUUUGAAGUGCUAUGGUCAUCUCAGAAUGGCACCUAUCAUAUCGUUAAGACCAUCAAGAAAGGCCCCAGUCAUAUAAGAGCUGUUUUUACUGCUAUCAAGAUUGGUAGUUACUGUAGCUAUCCAGAACCUAUCCUAAAGGAUGUCAUCACCCUCGAAUCCCCCAUCUCCGGGCAGCAAGAUGUAGAGAUAUUUGAACCAGUAAAAGUCUUACCUGAUGAACUAGUUUUCCCUUGGCAUCCAAGUAUUGGGCAAAGGGUGCAGGCUGUCCAUCAAUACCACUAUCAACUCAAAGCAAUAGGCGGCAGUGGUUCAUAUAUCUGGACAUCCUUUAACUCAUCAGUAGCUUCAGUCAAUACUAAAGGUGUCGUCAUGACAACAACUAAUAUUGGACACACCCAAAUCAAAGCCGCUGACACUAGGAAUGUUGAGCACUUUGACACCAUGAAGGUAUACGUGUUGACUCCUACCAAAAUGAACUUCAUUCCUUCGCAAGUUGAAACAGAAGUUGAUACAGAGCUACUGCUACCUCUUGUGGUUGCUGCUCCAGUACAUAAAGGUUCCCAAGAGCUUCAUGUGUUCUCUGAUUGCAAGGCACUUGCUCUAACAUUCAGUUUGUCUGAUCCCUCAGUCUACCGUAUCGUUGAAGGAGAUGAUAAUUAUGAGAUUGUACCUGGUAGCUGUAUGUCGGUCAGGUUACAUGCCCUCAGAGCUGGAUUCACCACCCUCACAGUAUCUUACCAGUACAAAGAAAUACAACUGAAAGCAACUGUGACCAUUGGGGCUUAUUACACAUUACAGGUUCUUGAUCCAAGUGAUGUAGCAGUAGUGACAGUUGGAUCAAUAAAGAACAUCAUGUUAGGUGGAGGACCUUUACCCUGGAUCUUGGACACUUCUGGAUACUAUGAAAAGGUUGACGCAGAGCAGAAACUCUUGGUUGAGAUCCACAAUGGUCACACAACUGAUUAUUUUGUUGAAUCAUCAGGAAGCUUCCACUACUUUAAUGUUUUAUGUCAUGAACUUGGAGAACAGAUUCUUACUGUUAAUAUUGGAAACCAUCCAACAGCAAAGAACGUGUACCCUGCUAACUCUUCUGCAAAGAUCAGGUUUGCUUGCAUGAUGCCAGCAUCAUUGACUAUUGUACCAGAUAUCAAACUACCCAUAGUAGAUGGACGACAGCUUAACCCUGAAAACUGUGUCAGCUCUAAUAAAGAGAUUAAUGUAAAGAAUGAUCAAGACCUUCGUCUACUGUUAAAUGUCAGAGAUUCCAAUGGUCGUCUCUUUGAUAAUAUUACUUCAUUAUACAUCACCUGGUCUACUAGUGAUAGAAGACUGGCUGGCAUUAUUGGACCUGCCAAGUCUGUACACAUGAUGUUUGUCAAGCAAGGAGAAAAUGAAGAUGUCAGAAGAUCUGUCUCAUAUCAGACUGUACAUCUGAGUGAUAAGAUGGGGGGAGUCGUGAUCAAGGCAACUAUCGAUGGUUAUGACUGUAAUGUAUUACGAAGAUGUCAUAUGGAGCUUCAGACUCCAUCUAAGAUAUCCCUGAGUGGACACCUGAAGCUGCUGCUGGUUCCUGAGAGAACCAUACUGCCUCCUUCGGCAUCAAUACUCAAUCACCCUGACAACAAAGUGACAUUUCACAUCCAGGGUGGUUCUGGACAUUUCUCUGUCAAAGGCAGCGACUUGUCCAUAGGGACAGUCAUCUAUAACAGCAAGAGAGAUAUACAGGUCAGCCCUAAAAAUGAAGGCCUUCUCAGUGUGGUAGUAUAUGAUCUGUGUCUAGAUUCUCCCCACCCUGCUACUGUCAGUAUCCAGGUGUCAGACAUACACAGUGUAGAUGUAGCUGUUGCUAACAAGAUUGAAUUAGGAUCAUCCACUCCACUGAAGGUCAAGCUCCUGGACAUGUUUGGAGUGCCAUUACUGUUGGGAAACUAUGCUUUCAUGAGAAUAUCACCACAGAUUUCUCCUAACAUCCUGACCAUCAGGAAAGAUUCUGGUCCAGGAAAAAAUGAUCCAAAUGAAGAGGUGUCUCACUUCAUUGUCCAAGGUGUGUCUCUUGGAAUGGCAAGUCUGACAUUCACUGCAACAUCUGUUACUGGACGGUCAGCUACUAGUGAACCCAAGGACAUACAAGUGUUCCCUCCAUUGAGACUAGACCCUAGGGUUGUAGUGAUGGUCAGAGGUGCAACCUUUCAGGUUCGUGCCACAGGGGGCCCAACACCUCAAUCAACCACAUCGUUUGUGAUGGGCAACAGGACGGUAGGAUCUGUCAACAGUGUAGGUCUUGUUGAGGCUCUCAAUGUGGGUGUGUCCAAUCUGACAGGUGUGGUACAGGCCUCAGAUCCACAGGAAGGACAAGCCAUUGUAUAUUCUAAGGAUGUUAUAAUGGUACAUGUGGUUGAGCUAGCUGGUGUUCGAAUAUCAUCCACAUCAACCAACCUUGUCACUGGUACAAAGAUUAGUUUGUUUGCAACUGGCUAUGCACACGAGUCACCAUUCACAUUUGCUAAUGCUGUUCCUGGUCUGGACUUCAUUUGGAAGUCAAGCAACCCUGAUGUCUGUCAGCUAAUGUCUACUUAUCAUAAGAGUGGCAUAUCUGUAGAAAGUGAGCGAGAUUUCCAUGUUGAGCUACACUGUACCCACCCUGGACAGACAACCAUACGUCUGACACUUGAAGUGAGUGAUCGACUGUAUGGACAAGUGAAGGACACAGCUAUUCUCACUGAUGAAAUAACAUUCCAGGUGUUUGAGCAACUUCAAGUUCUUUUUCCUGAACAUGGUUAUCUGUUGCUGCCUCACAAUGUUAACACCAGAAUAAGAACUAACAGGGAUGGUUCUGCACACAUUACCUACGAGCUCAUCACAGGCUGUCCACAGAACAAGAGAAUCACCACCACCACCUCAUCCGUAGUGUCUGUCGAUAAGGGUGGUCGAAUAUCAACCAGCACAGUCUCUGGGACAGCAGCAGUCUUAGUCACUGUACAUGAGGAGUUUGGGACAAACCAGACUGCCUUGGUGCAUGUACAGGUGAAGGCUGUGUCGUCACUAUCCAUCACAAGUCAGUCACAUGUGCGUGCAACGUCAGGCAAGCUACACUCAUUUCCUCUUGGAAUGAAUGCACUGUUUGUGGUUGUUCUCCAUGACAACAUUGGAAGGGAAUUCCAUUCGGCAGGGAUACCACUGAAAUACCGGUUAAACAGAUUUGAUGCAGUCCACAUCGUCCCAGGAUCAGAAAACGGUACCUUCUUCGCCCGUGCCUUGAAUACAGGARAAGCCAUCUUUAAGGUAUGGGAUGGUAAUUCACCUCACGUGACUGAUUACGUCAGAAUCAGAGUGGAGUAUGGGUUGAGUCCCAUGAAGGCUGUUCUACUGUUGGGUAUGGCACAACAGUUCAAGACAACCAUAUGGGCUGAUGGUCAGGUAGGCAAGUGGUCCUCGUCCAACCCUGACGUCGUCACCAUUGACCCCAACACAGGUAUGGCUGUAGCUUUAUCAUCAGGUUCAGCAACCAUCCACUACAAGAUCCCUGGACACUUUUCUGCACAAACAGAAGUCAAAGUCGAAGGUAUCUCUACCAUUCGUUUCACCUACGACAGCUCCAAAAUCAUCACUAAUGUACCCCUCAAGGAUGACCUGGGAUAUCUCAUCCCUGUUGCCCUAAGCAACGACCACAAAUCAUCGGAACACAUUAGUGUCGUCGGUGACAAAGAUGCUGUUAUCUUGUACGAGAGCCUAGGAUCUCUUCCUCAGCGCGUUAUGUCUUGUAUUCUGAGGUUCAAUUACGAGACUCAUGGAUCAAUCCGAGCUCGCGAACUUUUUGAGGCCAAGUCAGGAUUACUAUCGGGAAGACCCAUAUGUUACAUCAWACCUAGAAGCACGAGCUCAGACGUUACCCUUGCCGCUGCUACUGUGGAUAGUGAGUUGAAUCUGAUCGUCAAAGUCCAUGAUGAGGUACAUGAUGAUGACCUGUCAUCAGAUCCUGUGGCGUUGCCUUUUGUUCCAGCAUUCGCUCUAAGCACAACAGAAGUGCACUUGAGUGGCGAUAAAGGCAAGAAGAAAAGAGUGGUUGUGAUUGGUGUACCAAGGCAGCUGUCGGCACUUGUGGUAAAGCCACACGACAAGAAUGUCCUAAAAGUAACAAACGUGCCAGCAGAAGAAAACAACCAAGCACUUUAUGACAUCUGUGUCAUCAACACCCACGAAUCCUUCAAAGAACAUCCUGUUGAGUUCGUCAGUACCUUAACGGGACAAAAGAACAUUGUCUAUGUAUCAUACAAAAUAACUGGUGUACCCCCUUUCAUUGCCAUGGCAACGUGUCCCAACCCUGCUGACCCACGGUGCCCCAAGGUUGAGAAGGAAGUCCACUGGAGACGGUUGUUCUUUUCCUUAUUAGGCGAAACCAGUGCCUGGUUUAUUGGAUUUUCCAUAAUCAUUGGCCUUAUUAUACUACUGCUUAUUUUCUGCUGUAGUGACCGCACUAGAGGAGCCCAACAAGCACAAGGACCAUACCAGCCCUAUGCACCUGGCAGCCCCUAUCCAGGAAGUCCCGCGGGUACCCCCUACCCGGGUACCCCGUAUGGGUCCGGGGACUCUGUGUACGGAUCCCCUGGAACCAACCAUAGUCUAGACGGGUCUGGUAGUCAACGUAGAACUAAGUUUAUGAGGUCUGAAGUAAAGCACCGAGUAACGAAGACAGCUGCAGAAGGUAAUGAUCAGGGUAUGGUAGGAGAAUCUCCUGGAUCUACCUCUCUAGGACGCUACUCUCCUACCUAUCCUAGAGGUCUGUACAGUGUCACACAGUAGAAGACCAUGUAUGAAUGCUGCUCUGUCUGGAUAUAAAUAGCAUAACAAUAAAAAUUAUGUUAAUGGAAUCGAUACUACGAGAAUGGCAAAACCUGAGACAAAACGAGAGAAUUUUGCCGGUUUGUUAUACCCGAGAUACUUUUGUCUAGUGUUUCAAUCUUGUACGCGAUGUCAUUCGCGUUUUAUAAAGUCUGCUGUAUCCAUAUGCUGAACUAUUGGCUGUACAGCACCACCCAACUUGGUACCGACACAUUGUCGAUGGAAUAGCGAUGUAUUGACAACUAAAUGCCGUAACAUUGACUAUACGCUAUACUUAUGGACUUCAACAUGAACGUGAUUGUACACCUAACGGUUGUCAAACUUACGCUAAAGUUUUGCUUGGACUUAAAAAGCUUACUAAUGUCACUUUAACGUACGUAAUUCAACCGAAUUUCGUAGUAUUUGAAAGUGCUUCCAAAAUAAUCUUGUUUUGACAUCACAAUGCACAGACAACAAAAAAAGAAUUUUCUCUUACUUUGAACAAGAAGAAGACGUUUUUUGACAGUAUUGAGAAAACCUCUAGCCGAAAGCAAAUGUCAUUGUCAUCAAGAGCUUUUAAGAAAACUGCCAAUGAAACAUGAACUACUAUGUGGACGUUUGUCUUAUCGUGUUUCUUUACUUUGAACAAAAAAAUGGCUUUCAGAUAGAACAAAAGGCAAAGUUAAUAUUUGUCAGCGUAAAAACAAAUGUGUUUUAUGGCAAAGCUUUUCUAAUCCUCUUGUCUGUUAUUCGCAAAAAUAUAAUUUCAUUGUCUGGAAAUAAUCUAUUUGUAUUUAAGAGUAAGUUGCUUAGUUUCAAACUAUAAAAUUUUCAUGUUAUGGUCUUAUUUAUCAUAAUCUUGUGUGCGUUAGAAUAGAGAAAAUGUAGGACAACCAUAAUACCUUUUGAUAUAAAAAGACAAUUGUGUGACUCCAAGAAUCUGAUUAAAUAAAUAUAAUUAUCCUCAUGCAAUCUGAUUGGAAGUUGAGUAAGCUGAAUUAAGGUUGUUGCAUGAACUUAACAAGCCUGGAGUCAUGGUUCAGUCACCCAUAAUAAUAAUAAUAAUACAUAAACCAGUCACCUGGUGUUAAAGUCUAAACAAGCCAACCAACUUGUCAUCCCUAAUCACCACUGCAACUACAGCAGCUUGGUGCAGCUUGACUGGGUGCGUCUGGCAAAGUUGGCCAGACAGUAUAAAGGAACAUUAAAAUGCCUGAUUUAUAAAUCA